AUGUACAAAUCCCAAAUCCUGCGACGGCUCCAAAGCUGUCCCAAGACAUAUAUCAGUUCGAGAUGCGCCUAUGCUACUACCUCAUACAGUACACCUGCGCCAUUUGCCUCCCGGUUGACUGAAGAAGAUAUAAAUCAAGCCAGGACAUAUUGUUCCAAUCUUAUCCAAAAGUUUGAUUCGCCAUCAUACACUCUUCAAACCUUCAUUCCUCCCUCAACAAGAGAUGCCUACCUUUCAAUUCGUGCUCUCAAUAUUGAAUUAGCUCGUAUACCAGAUAUUGUAUCAAAUCCAACAGUAGGAGCAUUGCGCAUGCAGUUCUGGCGAGAUAAUUUGAACCGAACAUUUGCGAAUACACCUCCGAAAGAACCUGUCGCUAUCCUUCUACAUCAUGCGCUCACAUCUCUCCAAUCGCGAUAUGAUGGAAUCAGCACAAGUGUGAUGAAGGGUUGGUUCAUGAAAGUGAUCAAUACAAGGGAACAAUAUAUGGAUAAUCGACCUUAUACAAAUAUGGAUGCGCUUGAGAUGUACGCGGAGAAUACAUAUUCAACAUUAAUGUACUUGACUUUGGCAGCUCUACCUCUACAAUCUAUGGCAGCCGAUCAUGUUGCAAGUCAUAUCGGUAAAGCGGCCGGGAUUGCUGCAGUUCUAAGGGGUUUGCCACUGAUAGCAUUUCCACCGCCACCAAAUCAUCACAGCAACAAUGCAGCUUUUGGGGGCUCCCUUGGUGGUAAUGCUGGUGGGCGACAAGGAGCAGUCGUUUUACCAUUAGAUGUCAUGGCCGAAACUGGCGUUAAAGAGGAGGAUGUAUUGAGGCAUGGGGCAGAAGCUCCUGGUCUGAAAGAUGCUAUUUUCACAGUGGCGACCAGAGCAAAUGAUCAUUUGAUUACUGCCAGGGAAAUGUUAAAGAACCUCCAAGCGGGCAAAGACGCAGGUCACGAGUUUGAGCAUCAAGGUGAGGAUGGCCACUACUAUGCAGAAGGUGAUAACACCCAAGUCAGCGAUAUAGAGAGAGGAUUUGGCGUGUUUAUGCAAGCAGUCCCCACGAGAUUAUGGCUGGAAAGGCUGGAACAACUCGAUUUUGAUGUAUUCAGGCCAGAGCUCAGGGCAAGAGAGUGGAAGUUGCCAUACAAGGCAUACUGGGCGUAUACUAGACGGAAUCUUUGA